AUGGCAGCUGCAAACAAAGUCAUAGACAUGAGAAGUGAUACUGUCACAACGCCCACACAGAAAAUGAAGGAGGCCAUGAUGCAAGCCAAAGUAGGAGAUGAUGUUUAUGGAGAGGAUCCGACUGUCAUCCUCUUACAAAAUAAGAUUGCUGGUUUGUUAAAGAAGGAGUCUGCAUUGUAUUUUCCCUCAGGAACCAUGUCAAAUUUAGUUGGUAUUAUGGCACAUGCUAACACUAGAGGUGAUGAGGUUAUCCUCGGUGAUCGCUCUCACAUUGCUAUAUGGGAACAGGGAAGUAUAUCUCAAGUGGGUGGAGUCUUUGCUAGGCAAGUAAAGAAUCUUGAUGAUGGCACUUUGGAUCUAGACGAUUUACAAUCCAAAUCCAUAAAGGUGGUUUUGAUGGUCACUAUUGUCAUACUCGUGCAAUAA